AACGACCCCAGCCAUGGUACUGAAUGGCUUCUGAGCCACGACUACAGCAAUCAUACCGCGCGCAUAUUGGUGCCCUGGUCUUAAUUGCAUCUUCUACGCCGGUUUACGUCUAGGUUUUGUCUCGGAGCCACUUCAGCAUACCGUAUAGUUGGAUCGUCAGGUAUUUGCUUUUGACUGCUAUUUCGGCUACACCCUUUCGCGAUGGAACGUGUUCAUCACUCCCGCCCACCGACGCGCAGGCAGGUGCUUGGUGAUGCUUCCCGUCGUGUCAAUCAAGGGAGCAGCCCUCAGCAUGAAGGUAAAGCGCAUCAAAUUGACAAUAACGAAUCAUCGCCACCGAGCCAUCUUCCCCACAACGAGUCCCUCGUCCCAAAUGGGAGUCUUGCAGUUCGCCAUCAACCACAACUAUCCCCAGAAAAUAAACGAAUCUCCGCUGUCAUUAACGACGAGUCUCGGCCGCAUAAUCCAAAGCGUGACUCUGAGAUCUCCAACACAAGCACCAACGCCUCUAGUACCGGUCGUCGACGAAAAACACACAUUGGUCCAUGGCAGCUUGGCAAAACUAUCGGUCGAGGGGGAUGCUCUCGCGUCAGGAUAGUGCGACACAGCAUGACCGGCCAGUACGGGGCAGCCAAGAUCAUAUCAAAAGCCACAGCAGAGAAAGUGAGGGCUUUGAGCCUGGCAAAUCUGAUCAAGAGCGCAGAAGAGGAGCCCUCCAUGUUUCCUGGGGGCAAAGUCAUUCCGUUUGGGCUCGAGCGUGAGAUUGUGAUUAUGAAGCUGUUGGAUCAUCCAAACAUCGUCCAUCUAUACGAUGUUUGGGAGAAUCGUAACGAAUUGUAUCUGAUUAUGGAACACAUCCAAGGCGGCGAACUCUUUAACUACAUCGGCGAACAAGGCGGAAUUCAAGAAGUAGAAGUCGUCCACCUCUUUCGACAGAUCAUUGCGGCGUUGCUUUACUGUCAUCGACUCAACAUCCACCAUCGCGAUCUGAAGCCCGAGAACAUUCUCUUAGACCGGAAGUCAUGGGAAAUCAAACUUGUCGACUUUGGCAUGGCAGCUCUACAGCCAGUGGGCAAGAAGCUCACUACUCCGUGUGGUAGUCCCCACUAUGCCGCGCCUGAAGUUAUCCGGACUCAAUCGUACGACGGUGGAAGGGCGGAUGUUUGGAGCUGCGGCGUCAUCCUCUACGUGAUGCUUUACGGUGCCCCACCUUUCAACUACUCUGGCGACGAUAGAGACCUGAAGCAUCUUUUUCGUGCCAUUGCCCACGCUGACUAUGUAAUGCCUGACACACUUUCACGCGAAGCUCAAGAUCUCAUCCGGCGAAUACUGGUUCCGGAUCCUAAGAGGAGAAUACCCAUUGAAGCUAUCUGGGACCACCCAUUCUUGCGCAAGUAUGAUGCGGGAUUGGGCUUUCAAGGAGAUAUGGCUACCAUGGCGCAUUGGGUUGGUCCAACCCCUGAAAUCAAAGGUUGGACCCCUUUGGAAUGGCAUACAAUCGACCGGGAGAUUCUCAGGAAUCUGCGCACACUCUGGCAUAGUGAGAAAGAGGAUGUGCUUGUGCAGCGUUUACUGAGUAAAGAGGGAAACCAAGAGAAGUACUUCUAUUCAGCACUUCUGAGGCAUCGCGAGGAACAAUUGGAAAACUAUGCACCUAGCCCCAACGCUGUUGGCUACUCGAACAGCGACCACCAUCACCAUGCAAAGAUUGAUCCAAGUGCUGGCGAUCUCCUGCAAUUACCAUCCAACAAACACAAACGAUCCCAAUCUGCAUACUCUAUUCUCAACGACGAGCACUUGUACUCGAAACACAGUUUCUACGAGCCACCUUCUUCUGACGUCAGCUACGACCCAUUUCGAGCAUCGAGAGAUCCCAUCAUCCCAGGUCAAGCCCUACACCGCAAUGUUACAGUACACCGGGGUGGCUCUGAUAGUGAAAGCCGUAGAAUGCGACCAGUCACAGCUCUAGGCCAUCGUACGGGGAGUUCACUACGGAUCCAGGCUCUGAAAAACUCUAAACAACGAAGCUCUAAUCUUUCGCAUAAUUCAUCGAAGCGAAGUACACCCUCCCAACGCUCUUCAUUAGCGGCGCGACGGAGGUCCAUGUCCAGGUCCUCCAUGGCAAGCUCACAUUGGCCGAGCAGCCCACCUGUUAUUGUCCGCCCUGGCAGCAUAGGGAGACGGGGAGUGAACUUUUCCCAUUUGCGGCGCAGCUCUGGUAGUGAGGCAAGCACGACUCCAUAUACGCCAGAACAGCGAAGGCUCACAAUUCGCUCCCGGGAAUCCGGAGGAUCCUCUACGAUAUCUCCACCACCCAGCCUCCACGUAACUCCUGCAGCUCGAUUAGUGGCAAAAGUAGCUGUAAACCCAAUGGUACCACGCCUACGAGUACGGAAGCCCGAGAGCCCAAGCAAGUAUAUCCAGAGUGAGGCUCGCAAAGUGAGCUGCGAGCUUGAAAAGGUUAUGGAAGAGGCUUUUAAUCGCUCUUCGAUGAGUGAAACUGUCCGAACAUCAGUUACAGAUCAGGAUGGGGAACCCAUUGGGUAUGAGACGCCACCCACGUCGUUUUCCAAUCGAGGCUCGGGAGCCAGUACAAUCGCAACACCAAACAACAGGGCGAUGUUGAAGAACAUUCAGAACCGCCCCCUUCCGCCGCUACCCAGUGAAACGCCAAAUACGUUCCUCCAGCGAAAGCUGGCUGAGACCCGGGAAGAGCUUGCUAAACGCUUGGAUGAAGACCCUGACAAUACCGGACACUUUGAAGAAGUGCUCGAACAUUUGGAUCGCCUUAUGCAGCCAAACACUGCCGGCGCUAAGCGCGCCUCUUCUGCACCCACUAAGUCUCCAGAAUGUCCUGGCUUGUUGCCAGUCAUUUCUGAGGAGGUCAGGGAUAGCGAAGAUCGGUUUGGCACCUAUAGUUCUAACUAUAGAGCUGUCACUGACCCAAUAAGGCCUACCCUCCACGGACGUAGAGCCAUGACCGAACAGCAAACGAUCCGAGUUGUGGAAAACUCUCCAACAUCGAUAGCUCCGCUGAACAUCCGUAAGCGGAGUGGUGCGAGGUCGAAUCCGCCGCCGCGAACAUACCAAAGUGUUCAUAACGAACUGCUUGCUACACGACCUAACGAUGGAGGUCCUUCGAGGACUGUUACACCUGCCGUUUCGGAGAAGAAAGAGGCUACGAUUACGAAGAAGAAGUCGUCCUGGUUCCGCCGCACCACGGAAGAGAAAGAGAGGCUGUCCGAAAACCAGCCUAGACCUGAGACAGGAGCACGGCUGAUGAUUCCGGAGGCGUGGCAGAGUCUUGAUGACCGUAUCAAGCCGGAGCAUCCGGCAAGUAAAAUGGCUUCUGGAGCGUUUCCUGGUUUGGCUAAACAUACCUCAAAGCAGUCUGGUGCGAGCAGCGAGUUCCCGAUGCGUAAUCGGAAUUCUACGAUUGCGAAAGGAGAGGGUACGGGUGGACGAAAGGGAUUUUUAGGCUUAUUUGGGAAGAAGGCGAAAGAGGAUAAGGGAAAGAAGCUGAUGGAGUUAGGAUCCACCGAUCUCAGCUCCUCAUCUCUCCUUUCCGGCGGUUUCGACCUCGCCCCCGGCUCCAACGACGGCGUUCCAAUCCGGCCGCCAGAGUUACAAAUGAACUGGCUGUCUCGGUUCCUGCACAUCAAGCCUGCCAACAAGAUCCUCUGCUUCCAAAUCGGCCGCGGGAAAGUCCGACAAGACCUCGUCCGGCUGCUACGAGACUGGCAGCGCUUCGGCGUCCGCGAUGUUAGCUACGAUCGCAAGUCCAACAGUAUCAAUGCGCAUAUUGAUAAGAAUAACCAUCUCAAAAUCAAGCCUGUGUCCCUGGUCAUUGAACUUUUCGUCGUUCUAGAGCAUGGACGUCGCGCGAACCUUUGCUUGGCGCGGUUCACGCAGACACGAGGCGCAGCGUCGAGUUUCCGCAAGGUUGUGGAUAUUGUUGAGAAUGUGUGUCGGGCUAGGAGUAUGCUUGUUGAGGAUGAGGACAAGAAGUCGGCUAUGUGUGAAGUGCUUUCUUGAAGAGUUGGAUCGAAGGAAACUCUGUUGACGGGUGCCUGGAAAUACACUUCUCUCUCUGCUUCAGAGGCAUGCUGAACUGGGUAUUUUUCUUGGUACGGAGUGGAAUCCUUGGGGGCAGUGUUGGGGGUAAUGGUGAGUGGUGGUUGUUUGAACGCGCCGUCUUGGAUGCUGGGCGUGUGGACUUUACUGGCUAGGAUUGGAUUGGAUUGCGGGCCUUGGGGCAUCGUU